UGACUAGGGAGUCCGUGAAGAACUAUCUUAAGGAAAAAAAAGUCGCUUAACCUGCACAAAAUAAUUGUUUCUUACUUAAGAAAAUGUGGCCCUUGAUAGUGAGAUCUAUGGGCAGGUUCGGUAAAUACAUUACUCUUCCUAUUGUGGGUAUAAUUGGAUUUGUUGGAUAUAAUGUAGAAGGAUGGAUAUCUGAUCGUUAUACACCAGCAACAAAACCUAUCACACAGCAACGUCAAGAAAGGCUACUAGAAAAUGUAGAUUCCUCAACUAUCAAGAAGAAACACAAUCCUUUAGAAGUUAAUCUUUCGCCAUCGUUGUCUGGUUAG